UGACAUAUGUAUUUGUUUGAUAGCUUAGUUUCGUGUUACCCAAACUGGAUAUGAAGUUUGUGCACCGUGAAGUGGGCCUUAUGGUUGAGAAUAACAUUAUGGGCAUCCAACUGAAAGGCACAAAAACUCGAUCAUUUGAAGAUGUUGGAGAAAGUACGCGGGUUGAUGUUCAGAUGGAGUUCAGUGAGAUUCAUCUACUGAAAGAUGGUGGCAUAUCAGUCGUGGAGAUAUUAAAACUUGAUGUUGUCUCUUCAGUAUAUAUUCCACUUCAGCCUGCUUCACCCAUCAGAUCAGAAGUUGAUGUCAAGCUUGGGGGUACUCAGUGCAACCUGGUGAUAACUAGAUUACAUCCGUGGAUGCAACUUCAUGCUUUGAGGAAAAGGAAAAUGGUUCUUCGAGGAGAAAGUUCUACUCGUGAAAAAUCACACUCUUCUGAUCAUAAAGCAUUCAUGUGGACCUCCACUAUUUCGGCGCCAGAAAUGACUGUAGUGCUCUAUGAUUUGGAUGGCUCACCACUCUAUCAUGGUUGUUCACAGUCCUCACAUGUCUUUGCCAAUAAUAUAUCAAGUACAGGUACAGUGGUGCACAUGGAACUUGGUGAAUUUAAUCUGAACAUGUCAGAUGAGUAUCGGGAAUGCUUAAAAGAGAGCCUCUUUGGGGUUGAAACAAACAUGGGUUCACUUAUUUAUAUAGCAAAAAUCAGUCUUGACUGGGGCAAGAAAGAUAUGGAUUCACCUGAAGAUUGUCUCAAGAAUAAAACAGUUCUCUCUGUUGAUGUUACUGGGAUGGGUGUUCACUUAACCUUCCAGCGCAUUGGGUCUCUGAUGUCUACAGCUUUGUCUUUCAAGCGUUUACUGAAGAGUCUCUCUGGUUCUGGUAAGAAACCACAUAACCAGGUGACGAAAUCGUCCAAGCCAUCUGGGAAAGGGAUUCAACUCAUCAAAUUCAAUCUAGAAAGAUGUUCUUUAAAUGUUUGUGGAGAAGUGGGUUUGGAAAAUUCUGUUGUUCCUGAUUACAAACGUGCCAACUAUGGAUCUCAGGGAGGUCGAAUUGUAAUUAGUGUUUCAGCUGAUGGUACACCCCGCACUGCAACUAUAAGAUCUACGGCUCCAGUUGAGCUUAAAAAACUCAAGUAUUCUGUGUCCCUUGAUAUUUUCCACCUAAGUCUAUCCAUGAACAAGGAGAAAAAAUCUACACAAAUGGAGCUUGAAAGAGCCAGAUCAAUCUAUCAAGAACAUUUGGAAGACAGUAACCUCCAUGGAGCAAGAGUUACAUUGCUUGACAUGCAGAAUGCAAAGUUUGUGAGGCGAUCUGGUGGUCUUAAAGAGAUUGCAGUGUGCUCACUCUUUAGUGCCACUGAUAUAUCGGUCAGAUGGGAGCCUGAUGUACAUAUAGCUUUGGUUGAACUUGGGCUGCACUUGAAAUUACUUCUGCACAAUCAGAAGCUUCAGGAACUUGCUGAAGGUGACUGUAAAGAUAAUGGGCAGGGCACUGAGACUUCAAUGGAGUCAGUACCAUUGGAGAAACACAAGAAAAGAGAAUCCAUCUUUGCUAUUGAUGUGGAAAUGCUUCAUAUAGCUGCAGAAGUUGGAGAUGGUGUUGAGACAACUGUCCAGGUGCAGUCAAUCUUUUCCGAAAAUGCUCGGAUAGGUGUGCUUCUUGAAGGGUUAAUGCUCAACUUUAAUAAUGCAAGAGUGUUUAGAAGCAGUAGAAUGCAAGUCUCUCGCAUUCCAAAUGCCUCUGGAAGUGCAUCAGCUGCAAAACACGAGAUAGGCACAACAUGGGAUUGGGUUAUUCAAGCCCUUGAUGUCCACAUAUGCAUGCCAUACAGGUUGGAAUUGCGGGCCAUCAAUGAUUCUGUUGAGGAAAUGCUUCGAGCUUUAAAGCUUGUUACUGCUGCAAAAACUAAACUUUUGUUUCCCAAUAAGGAAGAGAAACCAAAAGCUAAAGCAACUAGCGCAUCAAAAAUUGGACGAGUUCGAUUUUGCAUAAAGAAACUCACUGCUGAUAUUGAAGAACAACCAAUACAGGGAUGGCUUGAUGAACAUUAUCAGUUGUUGAAGAAGGAGGCUUGUGAAUUAGCUGUCAGAUUAAACUUUAUUGAUGAGCUUAUUGCGAAAGGUACCAAAUCUCUUGGUGUUGCGGAGAAAAAUGAUUCUCUUGAAGAUGGUAAGAUCCACUUCAAUGGAGAAGACAUUGACGUGGAUGACGCUUCAGCCAUUCAGAAACUGCGAGAGGAGAUCUAUAAGCAGUCAUUCCGGUCAUACUACCAGGCAUGCCAAAAUCUUGUGCAAUCGGAAGGAUCUGGAGCCUGUAGUGAAGGGUUUCAAGGGGGUUUCAAGCCUAGCACUGCCAGAAGUUCUCUCUUUUCAAUUUCUGCUACAGAGUUGGAUGUAAGUUUGACAAGAAUUGAAGGAGGUGAUUUCGGGAUGAUAGAGAUUCUGCAAAAGCUUGAUCCAGUAUGCCGUGCACAUAGCAUCCCAUUUUCACGAUUAUAUGGUAGUAAUAUCAAUUUGCAGACGGGUUCCCUUGCUGUUCAGAUAAGAAAUUACACGUGCCCACUAUUUGCUGCAACUUCUGGCAGAUGUGAAGGACGUGUUAUAUUAGCUCAGCAGGCAACAUGUUUUCAGCCUCAAAUCCACCAAAAUGUGUACAUUGGGAGAUGGAGG